CAGCCGUACAGCUCUCUCUUGAGUUCAGACGGGAGAAUGCCGGUGUAGCACAAUAUUUGUUUCAAUGUGUCUAUAACGUUUGCAUUGUAUAAGAUAUUCAAGUGUGGAAUGCAAUAGUUUUAGCUAAGACGUAAGCCACUGAGCUGAAACUGAUACUUACCACUGGAGAAGCUGCAGCUAUUAAACACAGGAAAUCCACCACACGGAACUUGUCAGAUCAACUAGCGAUUGCAAACUUUAUAUUGCAUUGGCAUUCGUCGUCCGUUUCAGAAGUUUCUGGCACUUGCAUCGAAUAGCAUUCUUCUGGUACCAUGGCCUCACGAGAAGGUCCUCGAGCUGCUGGAACAGAUGGGAGUGACUUUCAACAUAGAGAAAGAGUUGCAAAACACUACCAAAUGAGUGUGGCUCUGAAGUCGGAGAUCCGCAAGCUGAACAUCUUGCACGUGGUCAUCUGGCUGCUGGUCCUGGCCCAGGUGACGGUGAGCCAGCUGCACCUGGUCUCCCACAGCGUGGUGGCCAGCCCCUACCAAUGGGAGUACCCCUACCUGCUCAGCGUGCUGCCCACGGCGCUCAGCUUCGCGGCCAUGCCGCGCAACAACAUCAGCUACCUGGUCAUCUCCAUGAUCAGCGCGGGGCUCUUCUGCGUGGCGCCCAUCAUCUACGGCGGCAUGGAGAUGUUCCCCGUGGCGCAGCAGCUCUACCGCCACGGCAAGGCCCGCUUCAUCUUCGGCUUCUCAGACGUGUCUGUCAUGUACCUGGUGCUGGUCAUCGCCGUGCAGGUGCACGCCUGGCAGAUCUACUACAGCAAGCAGCUGCUGGACUCCUGGUUCACCUCCACGCAGGACAAGAAGAAGAAGUAGAAGGGAAGACGAGACGCGACGGGACUGCUAACUGGCUAUUCGUUGAUGCUCCUAUCGCACAGUGUGAUUAUUGCUCCGUUUGUCA